UAGAAAGAGAAGACUGGAUCCACGCAGGACCAACUUUUCUCCCACUUUUCUUGAUUUUCUUCUUCUGGAAUACAAUAACUUUUAUUCACCAUGGAUCUGGUCAUUCUUCUCUUCUCCGUCGUUGUCAUCCUAUUUCUGGCUAGUGCUUUUAAGAAGAAUAAACAAGGAAGUUCUAAAAAUUUCCCACCUGGACCACCGCCUUUGCCGAUCAUUGGUAAUAUGCACAUUGUGGAUGGAAAUAAACCCUACAGAACAUUUAUGCAGUUGUCUAAGGAAUAUGGUAAAGUCUUCAGUAUCAAGCUAGGACCAUCAAAAUCAAUUGUCCUAAGUGGUUAUGACACCAUUAAAGAUGCUCUCACCAACCAUGCUGAAAUAUUGACCACAAAACCACGUUUUCCAAUAUUUUCAUUCUUUACACAAGACAUUGGUGUCGUCUUCUCCAAUGGAGACAACUGGAAAGCGAUGAGAAGAUUUACACUCUCAACCUUACGAGACUAUGGAAUGGGGAAAAAAACCAUACAAGAUAAGAUCAUUGAAGAGUCUGAAUUCCUAACUCAGAAAAUAAGAUUGUAUGAAGGAAAGCCCUGUAAUAAUCAGAUGAUUUUUAAAGCUGCUGUAACCAAUAUAAUUGUGACUAUACUGCUGAAUAAAAGAUAUGAUUAUGAAGAUCCAACCGUACUGAGGCUUUUUGCUAUAGUCAGUGAAAAUACAAAACUUCUCAACAGUCCCUGGGUCAUGCUGUACAAUAGUUAUCCAUUUCUGUUUAAAUGGCUGCCCGGACCUCACAGAACAAUGAGUGAAAAUAUGAAGGAGCUUAAGAGCUUUGUAAGAAAAACAUUUAGAAAACAGAGGAAAGAACUGGACGUAAAUGACCAACGGAACCUUGUUGAUACCUUCUUAGCCAAGCAACAAGAGGGAAAUCUGGAAUCCACACAGUAUUACCACAAUGAUAAUCUGACUGGUCUGAUGGUAGAUAUGUUUUCAGCUGGAGUGGAAUCCACGGCAAUCACACUGAGAUGGGCUAUUCUGCUCAUGAUGAAAUACCCGGAAAUUCAGAAAAAAGUGCAAAAUGAAAUUGAACGAGUGAUCGGAUCAGCCUGCCCUCAAAUGGAGCAUAGAAAACAAAUGCCGUAUACAGAUGCCGUCAUCCAUGAAAUUAUUAGAUUUGCGGAUCUCUCACCAAUUACUUUCCGUUCAGUUACUGAAGACUUUACAUUUAGAGGCUAUUGUAUUCCAGAGGGAACAACUCUGAUUAUGCUCCUUCAUUCGGCUCUCAGAGAUAAAGAGUUCUUUGAGAAACCAGACGAAUUUUAUCCAGAACAUUUUCUUGACUCCAAUGGAAAACUUGCAAAGAAAGAUGCCUUCAUACCAUUCUCACUGGGAAAAAGAAGUUGUAUUGGAAAGAGCUUGGCUAAGAUGGAGCUAUUUAUCUUCUUUACGUCACUGUUGCAAAAUUUUAUAUUCCAUUCACCACCGGGAGCAGAACUGGACCUUACUCCAGGACUUGGGUUUAUUAAUUGCCCCAAGCCUUAUACAAUGUGUGCUGUACCACGUAGAUAGACUUUGGUUUACAUCAAUCCUUCAUGCCAUAGUCUUUUACAAACAUUCAGAAAAAAAAUAUAUGUUUUUGACAAACUUUUA